CAAAUGAGUUGAGUCAGUUUUAUAUUACAAGCAAUUCAAGAUACACAAUUUUACACACAGCUCCAUAAAGUAACUUUUCUGUAAGAAAUAUUCCUUACUAAAAUACUUUUGUAUUUAUAAACGCAAACAAUGGAGAGCGACAAUGGUUUAGUGAAGGGCAUUUUAAAGUCGGAGGCGAAUAGUGCACAAUUAAGUCUCAAGGCGGCCAAGUUCGAUGAGGUUAAUAUACUGGCCACUUUUCAUCCAGCUGGCAAGGAUUACGGCCACAUGAUCAUCGAUGAGCCAAAGACUCCGUUCGUUUUUGAAGAUGAUUUGCCUACGGAGCUGGAUACAAAUGCGCUGAUCGAGAAGUUACGCCAAACAUCGAAGUCAGAAACGCCAGCAUUUGGGAUCGAAGGAGACUCUGAUGAUUCCUCGGCUGAUGAGGAUUUUCCCGAAUCAGUGGAGGAGAAAGUGCGGAGGAUCGAGUUUGAGAGGCGUCGUAAGCUGCACUAUAAGGAGUUUUUUUCGGUGCCUCUGGCUCGACGACUUAUUGCCGAGGAACUCGUCGACUUGUCCAGCUGUGAUAUUAGCAUCCAGAGUGAGAAGAUCAGUGGAGACUAUGAGGAGAUAUGCUGCGAAACUUCUCAUUCAUUCGAUGGCCGAGUAAGCUCCUUAAUGAAAAGCAGGUCCACCAUUUCGGCCACUCAAUCGGAGGGCAGGAUAUCGGAACAGAAUGAGCCAGAGCCCGGAUUUUCUCCCAGCCAUCCUUGCUUCCAAAAACUGAAGGCCGAGAUCUUUGACCAAGCCCCAGUGGAAUUCGCCUCGUUGACUCAUCUGCAACGUCUGCCCUCGGUCAAUGACUCGGAAACGCAUCAGGAACCUACGGGUCCAAACACUUCGAUCAAUCCAAGUGCCCGACACACCAUUCAGGAGGCAAAGCCUGCAAUCACAAUAUCAAAACCUGCACGUAUAUGCAAAGUAAGCUCCAAUACUCACGCUUCGGCUUCCAAUAAAACAACCCCGUGAAUCAUAACAUCUUUUGCGAUUUGUUUUAGAACAAAUUUUAAAGUUAUGCUGUGAAGAAUCCUGCUCCCCAGCCGAUAUUGGGCUCUCUAAAUUGACUAAAGAAUAAAAUCUAUUUAAAAUAUAA